UGCAGGUGGAGGGAGACAUUUCUCAGCGAGUAACAUUUCACUGCUCUGCCUGAUCCAGCCCUCUCGUGUCCUCCGGUAUGCAGCCCUUGUGGCUCCCCGGAGGCUCCUGGGUGGCAGCCCUGACAGUGACCCUGAUGGUGCUGAGUCCUCCCCUGGCUUUGACCAGGGACACGCGACCACGUUACUUGGAAUACUUGAAAUCAGAGUGUCUCUUCUCCAAUGGUACUGAGCGGGUAAGGUUUCUGGAGAAAUACAUCCACAACCAGGAGGAGAAUGUGCGCUUCGAGGAUGUGAGUGAGUACCGAGCGGUGACCAAGCUGGGGCUGCCUGAAACCAAGUCCUGGAACAGCCAGAAGGACCUGCUGGAGCAGAAGCGCGCCCAGGUGGACAAUUACUGCAGACACAACUACGGAGUUAUGGAGAAGUUCACCAUGCAGAGGACAGUUGAGCCCAAGGUGACCGUGUACCCCAUGAAGACCCUCCUGCCCCACCACAACCUCUUGCUCUGCUCUGUGAGCGGCUUCUACCCAGGCCAUGUUGAAGUCAGAUGGUUCCGGAACGGCCAGGAGGAGGCGGCUGGGGUGGUGUCCACAGGCCUGAUCCAGAACGGAGACUGGACCUUCCAGACCCUGGUCAUGCUGGAAGCUGUUCCUCAGAGCGGAGAGGUCUAUGCCUGCCAGGUGGAGCACGCGAGCUGGAGCAGCCCUGUCACCAUGGAGUGGAGGGCCCAGUCAGGAUCUGCACAGAGCAAGGUGCUGAGUGGAGUCGGGGGCUUCGUGCUGGGGCUGCUCUUCCUCGGCUCGGGGCUGUUCAUCUACUUCAGGAGCCAGAAGGGACACUCUGGAGUUCAACCAACAGGACUCCUGAGCUGAAGAGAUGGUGACUGCCCUGAAGGAAGGAACCAUGCCCCUGCUUCUCCAUGUGUUCUCCACGUCAUCACAGGCAGCCUGCUUGGCUCUUGUUCUCCCACAGAGAGAAGCUCUCCUGGUACCCUGGACCAUAGAGGUCGUGUUUUCCCUGAUGGCUGCCUCCGCCCGUGGGCCCCACCUGGAAGCUCAGGCAGACGACAGGGCCUUCCCUUUGUUCCCAGCCAGCCCCUGUGCUCAGUAUUCUCCUCCUCACUGCUUCUGCUGUCAUCUUGGGGAACACCACCUUGUUAUUUUUUUUAAAUAAACUUGGAGAAAAACAA